GGUGACAGUUUAGUAUAUGUCACCUGCUAGCGCCGUUCUCUCUCUCUCUCUCUCUCUCUCUCUACAAAAUACACGAAGUCCAAGCUUUUCUCUACCUGUGUUAAUGGCUGCUCCACCAAUAUCUCCUUAACCCGGACCAUAAUUCAAACACCGUCUCUCUCUUUUCUCCCUCUCGCUUGUUUAUCAAAAUUGAAGCAGCAUAUAUAUAGAAGAAAAAGAACAAUAUGUUUGUUUCUCCAUCGAAUCUGCUUCCUCGCUGGCUUGAAGUUCUCCUGACCGAGAAGUUCUACAACGCGUGCAUAAUUCAUGAAGAGGCCAAGAAGAACGAGAAGAACAUCUACUGCUUGGACUGUUGCAUCAGUCUCUGCCCUCACUGCUUGCCUCCUCAUCGCUCUCACCGUCUCUUGCAGAUCAGGAGAUAUGUUUACCAUGACGUUAUAAGGUUGGAUGAUGCUUCCAAGUUAAUUGACUGUGCUUUUGUUCAAUCAUACAUAACAAAUAGUGCAAAAGUGGUGUUCUUGAACCAAAGGCCUCAAACAAGGAACUUUAGAGGCUCCGGCAAUAUUUGUAGCACUUGUGAUAGAAGCCUUCAAGACCCUUACAUCUUUUGCUCUCUCUCUUGCAAGAUUGAUUAUGUCAUAAGAACGGAAGGUGGCUUGUCCAACUACCUAUUGGAGUGCAAGUUCUUGUCCCUGCCCGAGCCGGGUUUCGACGACGGUUUGAUGACACCGGAUUCCGUCCUCGAGCCGGCCGGUUCGGGAGGGAACGGAGGCGUGGGGUGCAAGACCUUGGUCUGCACUGCGACGACAGAAGUUGUGAGGAAAAAGAGGAGCAGCGUUUCGGCUUACCGGUCGGUUUUCCGGCCGGUUUGCUCUCCGGUCUCGGAAAUCUCGGCGGCUCUGAUGAACCGGAGAAAAGGGAAUCCUCAGAGGGCUCCCCUUUAUUGAAUUAGGGUGUGUACGGACUGGUGGAGAGAGAGAGAGAGAGAGAGAGGGAGAGGUAAGGGAGGUUUUUUUGCAAUGAAAGUAUACUUUAGUCUGUUGUAGUAUCAGGGUAAUUUGGCGGUCAAAAAGAAGAGAACCAAAAAAAAAAAAAAAAAGAAAUCCCCCAAUUUUGUUGAGGAGUUUCUUCUCAAUCUCACUCUCUCUCUAGUGUUCUUCUAGUGUAUGGUACAUUUUGUGCCAAUUCGAAAAUAUUUAUUGUUUGGUGGUCGCUUUUGGUGAUCUUUUUUACAAAAGUCACAUUGAGUAAUAGUAA